UAAAAUCGACAUUUCACUAAAAAUCAAGACUCAACAGAGUAAGCUUCACUUCAACAAUAAAUAAAAAUAAAAGGCUUAUAAGAAGAAGUGUAAUUUCCACUCCCAAACUUUUUUUUUUGUUCUUUUUCUUUAUGAAAUUCAUUUUCUUUCUUUCUUCUUCGCUCUGUUAUUCUAGUGUUCCUCACUCCUCUGUUUCUCUUCUUCACCAAGAAAACCAUAAAAUCCCUCUCCUUCCAUGGCUUCUUCCAUACCCAGACCAAGAACAAUCAUGAAGAGCUCCAUCAUAGCAAUCAACCCAUCUUUCCCAUUCCUCCAUUUCCUCCCACCUUCACCUCUCACAGCCCUUCUCUUCUCUCCCCGAAAAAACCCGAAAAGCCUCCACCUUUGCACCAACUUCUCCACCACUCUCCUCCUCUUCUCACUCUCUCUCCUCUUCUCCAUCACAUUCUUGCUCGGAAUCUUCCUCCUCGGCUUCCUCCGCUCAUACCAAAACUCCCCUCUUCCAUGCUCUGUUUCAUCCUCUCCUGAAUUCUUUGCAGCCUCGCUCUCUUCAAUGUCUUCCUCCUCUCUUUUGGACAAAGAAGAAGGAGUGCCUAGGCUUUCAUACAGUGCCAUGGUGCCAUUACCGGCUCACGGUCUCUCCGGUAACCUUUCUGAGCCGGAGAGGGAGUUCUGGCAGCAGCCGGAUGGAGACGGGUACAGGCCUUGCCUAGAUUUCAGUAUUGGGUAUCGAAAAGCCUCGGCCGAAAUCUCUAAGGAGAAGAAAAGGUAUCUUAUGGUGGUGGCUUCAGGUGGAUUAAACCAGCAGAGGAAUCAGAUUGUUGAUGCUGUUGUAAUUGCUAGGAUUCUUGAGGCUUCUUUGGUUCUUCCCAUUUUACAGGUCAAUCUGAUUUGGGGAGAUGAAAGUGAAUUUUCGGAUAUAUUUGAUGUUGAACAUUUCAAGAAGACUUUACAAGCUGAUGUUCGAGUAGUAUCGACGAUUCCCUCUUCACAUUUAAUGUUAAGACAACCAAUUCACUCCAAGAUUCCUCGUGACAUCACUCCAAAUUGGAUUCAUUCAAGAUUCUUUAAUCAAUUGAAUAAAGAUGGGCUUCUCAUACUCAAAGGGUUAGAUUCUAAGCUCACCAAGAAUCUUCCCCCUGAUUUACAGAAGCUUAAAUGUAAGGUAGCAUUUCAUGCUUUGAGAUUUGCAGCACCAAUAAGAGAGUUGGGAGAACAAUUAGCAAAGAGAAUGUGGAUAGAGGGUCCGUACAUUGCUCUACAUCUCCGGCUAGAGAAAGAUGUUUGGGUUAGAACCGGUUGCCAAACCGGUCUAGGACCCGAAUUCGACCGAGUCAUAGCCAAGGUCCGCGAAUCCGAGCCUGAGUUCCUAACAGGGAGCCUAAACAUGAGCCAUACACAGCGAAAACUCGCAGGUUUAUGCCCGCUUAACGCCUUUGAAAUGGCUCGGUUUUUGAAGGCGCUAGGGGCACCGAAGAGUACUCGAAUAUACAACGCGGGAGGAGAGCCAUUCGGUGGCAGCAGGGCUAUGCAGCCACUCAUUUCUGAGUAUCCAAAUCUCGUGACGAAGGAGAUGUUGGCGCGCCAAGGCGAGCUUGCCCGGUUCGCCAACAAGUCCUCUGCUUUGGCUGCAAUUGACUACAUUGUGUGCCUUAGUAGCGACGUGUUUGUGCCAUCACACGGGGGAAACAUGGGGCGUGCGUUGCAGGGUCACAGAGCCUAUGUUGGCCAUAGGAAGUUCAUUAAGCCUAACAAGAGAGCCAUGUUGCCUUUCUUUGAAGACACCACCAUUUCUGAGGCUGAGUUGAGCAGUGUGGUGAAGGAGCUUCACGCUAAGUCGUUAGGUCAGCCUGAGCUGAGGAAUUACAGACGAGAGCGUGAUGUCAUUGCUUACCCUGUUCCUGAGUGUUUGUGUCAAAAACCAUAAGAAGACACAAAUGGUUUUCUUAUUGGAAAGUUUCACACUAUGAAAUUUGUUUGGUGCUGUUAUUCUUUUGCAUUUUAGCUUAAAAUGUUAAGCGUAACGCUUCUAAUAAUAAGUAGUAGAAUUUCAUUUUGGUUAAAGACGUUUUCUACGUGUAACUAACCAACCGUUAGUGAUUGUCUUACUUUUUUUUUUUUCUUUACGUGGAAAUAAGCCAAUUCUGUUCCAAAA